AUGGACACACUCCCACAAUCUAUGAAAGCCGUUGUCAUUGACAAACAUGGCGACUCCUCUGUCCUGCGCCUUGAGAAUCAGCAUUCACUCCCAGUCAUGAACAACACAGACGUCCUAGUGAAAGUCGAUUACGCGGGGGUAAACUUCGUCGAUACCUACCAGCGUAGUGGCCUCUAUCCGGUGAAACUACCCCUUCAGGUCGGCCGCGAGGGCGCCGGUACUAUCGUCAAGAUUGGGCCUAAUGUGCCUUCGUCAUAUGGUCUCCAGCUCGAUCAGCGAGUGGCAGUCUUCACUCAAGGCACCAUGGCAGAGUACGUCUCUGCGCCGUCCGAGAGCGUCAUGGUAUUACCGCCAUCUGUGUCGACAAAACAAGGCGCUGCGAUUAUGCUGCAGGGUCUGACGGCAUGGACGAUCGUUCAAGAUGCCCACAAGGUCGAGCCUGGGCAGACUAUCCUUAUCCAAGCAGCUGCUGGGGGUACAGGUGGCUUGCUUGUGCAAAUGUGUAAACACCUCGGUGCCACUGUGAUCGGCACGGUGUCCACCCCCGAAAAAGCAAAGAUUGCCAUGAAGCACGGAUGCGACCAUGUUAUUCUCUACAAGAGGAAUGAUGUGCAAGAGGAGGUCAUGCGAAUAACCAGCAUGAAGGGAUGCCAUGCGGUACUCAGUGGCGUUGGAGAGGCUACCUUUGCCCAAGACCUGGCCUGCACGAGGAGAAUGGGGACUCUGGUUUCGUAUGGCAAUAGCAGUGGCGCUGUAUCUAGUUUCCGAGUCCUGGAUCUGAGCAAGAAAAAUGUUAAACUCGUGCGACCGACACUGGCAAAUUAUAUCACCGAAAGGGAUGAGUUUGUCUUGCGAUCGCGGCAGUUGCUGGACUUGGUGGGAUCUGGUGCCGUGAGGCUAGAGUUUGGAGGUGAAUAUGGCUUGGAGGAGGUGGCGCAGGCCCAGGAUGAUCUUACGACACAGAAGACAACUGGAAAACUGCUCAUUAAGAUACAAAAUAACUAG